UAGAGGAGAGAAGCCAGAGGGCACAGAUAUGGAGGUGGGGCAAGGAACAGGUUCCCCAAGAGCUUCCUACGUGUUUGAGGAAUUGUUGUGCACAAUGCCUCUGCGUGCAACCCAGAGGAGGACGUCACAAGCACCAGGGCUUGUGAAGUUGGGGGUUCACUGUGUAACAUGUCAAAAGGUCGCGAUAAAAAUUGUCAACAGAGAGAAGCUCAGCGAGUCGGUGCUAAUGAAGGUGGAGCGGGAAAUAGCCAUCCUGAAGUUGAUAGAACAUCCUCACGUUUUAAAGCUGCAUGACGUUUAUGAAAAUAAAAAAUAUUUGUAUUUGGUGCUAGAACAUGUGUCAGGUGGGGAGCUCUUCGACUACCUUGUAAAAAAAGGACGAUUAACACCAAAAGAAGCCAGAAAGUUCUUCCGACAAAUCAUCUCCGCUUUAGACUUCUGCCAUAGUCAUUCAAUAUGCCACAGGGACUUAAAACCAGAAAACUUACUGUUGGAUGAAAAGAACAAUAUCCGGAUAGCAGACUUCGGAAUGGCAUCACUGCAGGUUGGGGACAGCUUAUUAGAAACCAGCUGUGGAUCACCACAUUAUGCCUGUCCCGAAGUAAUCCGGGGAGAAAAAUACGAUGGAAGAAAAGCAGAUGUCUGGAGCUGUGGAGUCAUUUUGUUCGCAUUGUUAGUGGGUGCCCUGCCAUUUGACGAUGACAAUUUGCGGCAGCUCUUGGAAAAGGUGAAGCGCGGAGUGUUCCACAUGCCACAUUUUAUCCCCCCGGACUGUCAGAACCUCUUGCGGGGGAUGAUUGAAGUGGAUGCCUCGAAACGUCUCACGCUAGAACACAUUCAGAAACACAUAUGGUAUAUAGGGGGUAAGAACGAGCCAGAGCCAGAGCAACCAAUUCCUCGAAAGGUCCAGAUUCGAUCUCUCCCUUCCCUGGAAGAUAUUGAUCCAGAUGUGUUAGAUAGCAUGCACUCAUUAGGCUGCUUCCGUGACCGAAAUAAACUCUUACAGGACUUGUUGUCAGAAGAAGAAAACCAAGAGAAAAUGAUUUAUUUUCUUCUCCUGGAUCGUAAAGAGAGGUAUCCCAGUCAUGAGGAUGAGGACCUGCCCCCCAGGAAUGAAAUAGAUCCCCCCAGGAAACGUGUGGACUCCCCGAUGCUGAACAGACAUGGGAAGCGGCGGCCAGAGAGGAAGUCGAUGGAGGUUCUCAGUGUGACAGAUGGCGGCUCCCCAGUCCCAGCUCGCAGAGCUAUUGAAAUGGCACAACAUGGACAGAGGUCUCGGUCGAUCAGCGGAGCUUCAUCUGGCCUCUCCACCAGCCCCCUCAGCAGUCCAAGGGUCACCCCUCACCCCUCUCCAAGGGGAAGUCCCCUCCCUACCCCCAAGGGGACACCUGUCCAUACGCCAAAGGAGAGCCCAGCAGGUACACCCAACCCAACGCCACCAUCCAGCCCCAGCAUUGGAGGAAUGCCCUGGAGGACACGACUCAACUCCAUCAAGAACAGCUUCCUGGGGUCUCCUCGCUUCCAUCGCCGGAAACUGCAAGUACCUACACCGGAGGAGAUGUCCAAUUUAACCCCAGAAUCUUCCCCAGAGCUUGCCAAAAAAUCCUGGUUUGGUAACUUCAUCAACCUAGAAAAAGAAGAACAGAUCUUUGUGGUCAUUAAGGACAAACCGCUAAGCUCCAUCAAGGCUGACAUUGUCCACGCUUUCCUUUCGAUCCCCAGCCUCAGUCACAGCGUCAUCUCACAGACGAGUUUCCGUGCAGAAUACAAGUCCACGGGAGGUCCUGCUGUCUUCCAGAAGCCGGUGAAGUUCCAGGUGGACAUAACAUACACAGAAGGGGGCGAGGCCCAGAAGGAGAAUGGGAUCUACUCGGUCACUUUCACACUCUUAUCAGGUCCAAGCCGUCGCUUUAAGAGGGUAGUAGAAACCAUUCAGGCACAGUUGUUAAGCACACAUGACCAGCCUUCAGUGCAGCAGUUAUCAGACGAGAAGAACGGGCAGGUGAGCCACCCCCCCGGCACGCCAACCAAGCAUAGCGCAAACAGCAAGCGGAGCGAUUCCGAUGCUAAUGACUAUGGGUCUAGAGGAGACAAUAAGUACCCCGCUGGCAAAGACAAGGCAAAGAUGGUCUCAUCGGUCGGCCUACAAGACCAACCUUAA